AAAAUUUAAAGAAUUAGACUCGCAUAAACUUAAAAAGUUAGAACAAGCAAAUAAUUCACUCAAAAUAGAAAAAUCACAAAAUCAGGCAAAUAAUUUGCUUGAAUUUAAUGAAUUUGUACAAGAGGAAGAUAAUUCUGAAAAAAUUGAAAACCUAAAACAUAAAGCAAAUGAUUCAUUUAUUGAUUUUUUGCAAGGAGUCAAGGAAGAUUAUGAAAAACAAUAUCCUCAAUUAUGCACAGUACUCAAUAAAUUUGCUGAAUGA